AUGAUGUCAAAAGGUGAGGCAAAAGCAACAUUUUUGCGGCAUGAGGGGUUCCUCGGAGCAUUGGGAGCGUUCCUGAGCUACAAAGGGCAUGGUCUUGAUGGCUUGAUGACCCAUCAGCAAGUGGACUCGCUCCCCAAAAGUGUAUGUUGGAAUGGAGAUGAGCUUCGCAGUUCAGUUUUUGGGAAUCUGAAUGAAAAUGGGAGUAUCGAAUGCAGUGUGCAGCUUAGCAACUGA